AUGUCCUUCACGAAUGAAGAGACUGCAAUGCCAACUCCUUCCCCUGCAUUCCCACAUGAAAAGCUUCAGUUGAUUGUGACCACACUAAGACUGCUCUGGCAAAAUGUUAGUGAACACAAGAACAAUCCUGAUUCUAUUGCUCGCUUGGAUGAUGCCACCGGAGACAGAUUCAGGCUGAAGACGCCAUCGACAACUUUUUAUUCUAAGAAGAUCAACAAUUUCCGGAAACCUCUUAUUAUGACUCACAAACUACGUAAGGAAAUCAAUGAUAUCAAAAGAAGGAUCAAGAAUCUUUCAGGUUUCAGAGUGAAGUAUGAGAUUCCUCCUUCAGAGGAGGGUCAAAUAUCUAUUCAGGAAAUGUUGUUGGCCGGUGAGGUCGUAGGCUUUCAAAGCCAAGCUAAUGAGCUCGCGAAGUUACUGAUUACAGAGGAGGACGGUGGAAGUGGUAGGUUUGGCAGUGGCGGCGUUGUCUCAAUUACAGGUAUGGGCGGAUCGGGAAAAACCACCCUUGCUCGGAAAGUCUACAACAGAGAUGAUAUGCUAAGGUAUUUUGCCCGUCAAGCCUGGGUUUCUCUGUUUAAAGGGUGUAGAGUGGAAUAUAUUUUAUACACAAUCAUUCAACAAGUUGAGCCACUCACCCAAAAAGAGAAAUAUGAAUUGAUAUCAAUGAAGGCUGUAAAUUUGGGGGAAAGGCUUUCUAAUCGUUUCAAAGAAAAGAAUUAUCUCAUCGUUUUAGAUGAUAAGGUGGUCUACCAAUCCCCGUUGAUAGAAGCAAGUCUCAACAACAACAACAACAACAACAACAACGAGAAGAAGAAUGCGAUGGAAGCUCUCGCAAAGGAAAUGGUUGCCGUAUGUUCUGGAUUACCGUUAGCUAUUGAGUCUUUGGGAAGCCUUUUAUAUAUAAAAGAACCAACUUAUUAUCAAUGGAAUAAUGUGUUGGAAGUUGUGAAUUGGCAUCUAAAGGACGACUGGAGAUGUACAGAGGUGUCAUCGAGGAGCUACACUGAAUUACCUCGUCAGUUGAAGUCUUGCUUUCUUUAUUUUGGGCUUUUCCCAAAAGAUACGUUGAUCAAGAGGGACAGAUUGAUAAGGUUAUGGAUUACGGAGGGAAUUCUGGAAUCAAGAGAGAAUUUAACAAUGGAAGGUGUGGCGGAAGAGCUCCUUGAGGAGCUGAUGGUGAGGAACCUGGUCCAUGUUGUCAAGUGGAAAUCCAAUGGGGUACCUGAAUCUUUUGUUGUUCAUAAUCUCCUCUUGAAAUUGGCAAUUUCAGAAGCUACGAAAGCUAAUUUUUUUAACAUCUCCACUUCACGAGUGCCGCUGCCGCCGCCCUGGGAUUGUUCUCGUCGUGCAGGCUUCCAUGGCAAUAAUUAUUGUAGUGAUAAUCAAGAUAAAAUGGCUGCUGCGUCGGCGGCUUCCUUGUUUUCAAAACUUCAACGCUCGCUGCUCUGCUUCACUGAAAUGUUCCUUCGAGGAAUCUCGAAAUUCAAACUACUUAAAAGUGUUAGAUUUGGAGCGUGUCCCAGAAAGAUAAGGUUUGAUCUAUAUAAUGGUAACGAUGGCUGGAUACCUGAAGAAUUCAUUGUUGAUCAGAAAGCCACUAGUGCUCUUGGGGUUUUCCAACGACCUUCUUCAAUUCCUAGACGCAUUGACCAACUAAGGCAUCUACAGACACUCUGGUUUCAUACAAGCAGUUGGAUAGAGGGUGGCCUCGAAACAUUGACCAAUCUUAGGGAAUUGGGUUUAACAGGAAUUAAAGGACGCAUGUGGGAUUUCAUAGAUGCAUUGUUCCGUGCCCUCUUCAAAUUGAAGAACCUUGAGUUGGCUUGUGUUCAUCUAAGGAAAGAUAUGAUGGAGACACUCGAGAUGCUGCCCAAAUUAAAGGAAUUAAGGUUAGAUUGGCACCCAUAUGACGGAAAAGUGAUGAAAUGCUCUGUAGGAGGGUUCCCUAAACUCGAGUGUUUGAUUCUCAUUUAUAUUGAUUUCUUGAGUAUUUGGAUAGUGGAGGAAGGAGCAACGCCUAAUCUGAAGAUAUUGAAAAUUGAUCGCCUUUGGGAGUUAGAAUGCAUUCCCGAUGGGCUGAGGCACAUCAGAAAACUACAGCAACUUUCCUUGACUAUGCCAAAGAAGUUCCUUGGGAGGAUUAAAAAAGAUGGAGAAGAUUGGGAGAAGAUCAAACAUAUACCUUCCAUCAAUACAAGGGAACCGGACAAGUAA